AUGUUUGAGUUCAAUUUUGAAGUGAACGAAACGGAUUCAUCGGAUGCCGGGGAAAGUCCUUUUAAAAAGACUAAACUCGAACAGUCGAAUACAGAUAAGCCAACAACCGAUAAUAAGGUAGAAUGGUAUCAAGCCGAGGAAGUAAAGCCAAAUAAAUCACUUUUAAAUUGUUUGGACCUGUAUGAGCUGAAUUCAAAAGAGCAAACUAUUGGAAGAAUUGAACUACGACAUCUUAUAGCAGGUUCGCUCCUUGAAGAUAUUAAAACACACAGCGAUAUAAACAGCCGAGAUAUCAGGAAAUCCGAAGAAAGUCAUUCGGAUUUAAUUGCAGGCGUAUAUGAGGGCGGCGCAAAAAUUUGGGAAUGCACCGAUGAUUUAUUGAUAUUUUUGUCAAAAACCUAUGAAAAAACAUACUGGGAGAAUAAGCGAGUUCUGGACUUAGGCUGCGGAUCGGGACUUUUGGGAAUAUAUGCCUUAAAAUGUGGUGGCAAAGUUGACUUCCAGGAUUACAACAAGGAUGUUUUGGAGAAAAUAACAAUGCCAAAUGUAAUGCUAAAUUUCGCAAACGCCCUUACUGAUGAUCAGAAAUUGGAGCGGCUACAAAUGGAAAGUAAAUUUUACGCUGGCGACUGGUCGCAUUUUGCGCAACUCACAGAAAACGACGAGAAAUAUGAUCUAAUAUUAACAUCGGAAACAAUAUACAACGUAGAAAAUCAACAAAAGCUAUUGGAUACGUUUAGUAAACGUCUAAAAGCGGACGGCAUUGUUUUAGUCGCUGGCAAGUCACAUUAUUUUGGCGUAGGCGGUGGACUAGAACAGUUUGUUGAGCUGGUUAAAUGUGGUGAAGUUUUCCAAAGCAACAAUUUGUGGCAUUCAGAUGAAAAUUUGAAACGCGGUAUCGUUGAAAUAAAACAGAAAACUAUCGCAUAAA